CUAGGAGGGAGGCGCUCCGGAAAGAGCAGAGAGGAAUUCAGGACACCGAAAGCAAAGCUGAACUGUCAGGAGCUGUGGAUCAGGGCUGUCGGGGAGGAUGUUGUCCCCCCUGUGUGUGCAGGAGCCCCUAACAGCCCUGCAGCUCAAGCGCUUAGAGGAGCAUAAGUACAGCGCUUGUGGCAGCUCCUUGCUGGAGCCUCUGAUGCAGGUCUACUGGAACUGGCUGGUGAGCAAGAUACCCCUGUGGGUGGCCCCCAACACCAUCACCAGCGUGGGGCUGUUCCUGAACGUUGUCACCACUCUCAUCCUGGUCUACUACUGCCCCACGGCCACUGAAGACGCCCCAUUCUGGACAUUUAUUCUGUGUGCAAUUGGCCUUUUCAUUUAUCAGUCAUUGGAUGCAAUUGAUGGAAAACAAGCUCGAAGAACUAACAGCAGCUCCCCACUUGGUGAAUUAUUUGACCAUGGUUGCGACUCAAUUUCCAUAGUGUUUGUGUCUUUGGGUACAAUUGCUUCAGUGCGGAUGGGAACACUUCCUGGAUGGCUUUUUUUUGGUUGCUUCAUUGGGAUGUUCAUGUUCUUCUGUGCUCAGUGGCAGACAUACGUGUCGGGAACACUGCGGUUUGGAAAAAUAGAUGUCACUGAACUUCAGCUGUCCGUAACAGGAAUGUUCUUGUUAACUGCGUUUUGUGGAACGGCUUUGUGGGACUACGAGAUUCCAAUGACAGGACUACCUUUGAAAACCAUCCCACUUCUCGGGAUAAUAGGAGGAACAGUUUAUUCCUGUAGCAACUAUUUCAGAGUUAUUCUAAGUGGUGGAGUUGGGAAAAAUGGAUCAACUGUUGCAGGCACCAGUGUUUUGUCCCCUGGCCUGCAUAUUGGAUUGGUUCUUAUACUGGCAUUAAUGAUUUACAAGAAAUCAACAACAGAUCUAUUUCACCAACAUCCAAGCCUUUACACAUUAACAUUUGGAUUUGUGAGUGCCAAAAUUACUAUCAAGAUGGUGGUGGCUCAUAUGAGCAAAAGUGAAAUUUAUCUUCAAGAUUCUGCAUUCAUUGGACCAGGCCUCUUAUUCCUUAACCAGUAUUUCAAUAGCUUCAUUGAUGAAUACGUUGUUCUCUGGGCAGCACUGGCUAUUUCUUUGUUUGAAUUGAUAAGAUACUGCAUAGGCCUUUGUCUGCAGAUUUCUACACAUCUUCGAAUACAUGUCUUCAGAAUACCAACUAUUCAAGCUGCUGAGCAGGUACACGUUAUACCUUCAGUGAACCAUCAGAAUAACAUUGACUGAAGAGACUUGCGAACACUCGCCAUCUCUUGUUGUUGCUGGCAGAAGAAAAAAGAAAUAAGUUAACCUAUUUUUAUAUUUAUGCACUAUAUUUUUGUAAUAAAGUUUCCAGGACAUAUGUUUAUACCGUUCUAUAUACCAAACAUUGUUGAUUUUAUACGUACUGUGUCCAUCAAAAUUUUCUUUUGUAAGAGGGCCAUUUCUUUCUUGAGUUCAUUCUGUGCCCCAGUGAGAAGGUGUUCAUGGUUCUUUUCCAGGUCAUGCAUAUUCUAACAUACAAAAAAGUAUUCAUAUUACAGCAAAACACCAGUGGGUUGCUUAGUAAUUUUUAUAGCACUUUAAACACAUUUUAUUAAAGUGAAUCUAUCAUCAAUACCUUGAAUAAUCCAAAUGCAU